AUGAAGGACAACAAGGCGAACCAGGAAGAUCUAUCUUUCAUUCCCCCUAGUGUGGACUCGGCGAGUCUCCUCUCCGGUGAAUCCUACGCCUAUUAUACGCCCUGUCCGGCAGCUAUCACAACCAAUGCUUCGUCAACGGAAAACACACCAUGCGUACUUGGUGUAGAUGAGGCUGGUCGUGGCCCCGUUCUCGGACCAAUGGUCUACGGAGCUUUCUACUUGCCCCUCGACCUACACCACUCCCUCCUAGCACAGGACUACAGCUUCGACGACAGUAAAGUCCUCACCCCCGGCGUGCGAGCCAACCUAAUGCGACUACUCAACACCCCGGGCAACAAGUUAUUCGAGUCAUGUGGAUAUGCGAUCAAAGUUCUCUCAGCCCGUGAUAUCUCCUCCGGCAUGUUGAAACCAGGCGCCGCCGUCUACAACUUGAAUGCGCAGGCUAUGGACGCUACAAUUGAGAUCAUUCGAGGGGUGGUGCAAGAUCGUUCGGUCAAUGUGCAAGAAGUGUAUAUCGACACCAUUGGAAACCCAGCGUCAUACCAACAAAAAUUAGAACGAAUCUUCCCAUCGUUGAAAAUCACGGUGGCUAAGAAGGCAGACUCCUUGUACCCAUGUGUAAGUGCGGCCAGUGUGGCUGCAAAGGUGACGCGUGAUGUCGCGCUUGAGGUGCUAUACGAGGCUGUACUACGUGCUCAGCAAUCUGAAGAGGGUGUGUCAGAUGCUCCUGAAGGAUGGGGUAGUGGAUAUCCCUCUGAUUCAAAGUGUGUUGGCUGGCUUCGUCGUAAUAUGGACCCUGUCUUUGGCUGGGGCAACGAGUGCCGAUUUAGCUGGGGCACAGCUAAAGAGAUGUUAGAUGCGAGGGGUGGAGCACGAGUGGACUGGCCGGAAGAAGAUGAGGAAGGAACCAGUCGGCUCGAGUUUUUGUUGACUUCUGGACCCGCAAAGGGCUCUGGUCAAGAUGGGUUACGAGAUUGGUAUGGGAAGAGAGAAGCGGAAAUUAUUUGA